UCUCGACCGGGAGCCUGGCCUUCAUCCCUUUCUUCCACCGUUUCUUCUUUGUUCUGUUUGCGAUCUUCGUGAUUCUUUCUCUCCCUCCUCUCUCGCCCUCUCUCGUCCUCCCUUUCUUCAUCCGCUUCAAUUAUCACCGUCCCCUGGCAUUCUCGAUCGCUCUACACCGCACCCGAAUUGAACGACACAUCGACCGGAGUAGACAAAACAAGGAAAAAAAGAAAAGAAAAAUCUCCGGCUUCCCCCUCACGAGUGCAGUGGAUCUAUAAUAUUCAAUAAAUCUCAAUUCGUCUCGUCAGACCGACACUUCCCCUUUCGGCGGUCCUGGACACCACGUUCUCCUCGAAUUUUCCUAUCUCGCCAAUAUGUCAGGUCAGAUGUACGACGACCAACUGUAUGCAGCCUCGCGACGCCAUUCUCUCGCCACUCCUCCACCUUCCAUGACCCGCGGACACAACCGGGGACGCAGCCAGAGCGUCCGCGUGAGCAACGGCACCGUUAGCACGAAUACCAGCAUUUCCAGUGGCCGGGCGUCGGAGGCGACAAAUAUCACCCAACCGCCGGCGUAUUCGAAGAAGUUCGUGGUAGUGGGAGAUGGUGGAUGUGGAAAGACAUGUCUUCUGAUCAGUUACUCCCAAGGGUAUUUCCCAGAGAAAUACGUCCCCACCGUUUUUGAGAACUACAUCACGCAAACGAUUCAUCGGGCUUCGGGAAAGACGGUCGAGCUGGCUCUCUGGGAUACUGCUGGUCAGGAAGAGUACGACCGUCUGCGUCCGCUCUCCUACCCCGAGACGGAUUUGUUGUUUGUGUGCUUUGCGAUCGAUUGCCCUGCGUCUUUGGAGAAUGUGAUGGAUAAAUGGUAUCCCGAGGUCUUGCAUUUCUGCCCAACCACGCCAAUAAUUCUGGUAGGGUUGAAGUCGGAUCUGCGGAAUAAAAGGACGUGCAUCGAGCUUCUCAAAACCCAAGGACUCACUCCAGUCACGCCAGAACAGGGUCAGACCGUCGCCCGGAGAAUGAACGCCUCAUAUGUGGAAUGUAGCAGCAAAGAGAUGCGCGGAGUGGAUGGGGUUUUCCAAAUGGCCGUCGACACCGUUGUCAACGUCGAGGAGGGCUGGAACCACAGCCAAAGCUCUUCGUCCGGCAGUAAACCCAGCGCAGGACGCGGCGGCCCGAGUGUCGGUCCCAAGAAGGUCAAGAAGCGCACCUGCAAGAUCUUGUAGAUCGCCAUCUGUUGGGUAUCGUAUCGUGUUUGCUUUCCCCGUCUAUACUCGCGCCUUGAUGUGUUUUGAUGUACGCCGAAUUAGAAGCCUGGUUGCUUUGGCGGCUUUCCACUGAGACCCGACUUUCUGUCAUUUCGCCCAGACUGUUAUCUGUCUUGCCUUUUUUCUUUUUCUUUUUCUUUCUUGCUAAUGGCGGCCUUCUGAUGAUUAUGUGAUCCCAUGUUGUUAUACCUGUUCUGUCCCUUGAUGAAUGUUUCCAUAAAUCACGAUUCUCCCUUUCUAUCCCUCUCCCUCCUAUUCCUUUCUCCCGGCCCCGAUUUUUGCUUUCCUUGAGCCUGGCCCCUGUUUCAAUUCUUGAUGUCUGUCACGAACUCGGUCUGAAGGCCACUCUUCCGCAUGCAUGGGGUGGGUGUUUAUUGGCGCAAGCGAAAAUCCCAUGUAACUGAAUCAAUAAAUUGUCUAUUUG